CUUUCAGCCGGAAACCCUCCCUGCGUCCGCCGCUUCUCGGUCCCUCCUCCAGUCGCCUACCAUGGCCCCGACCAAGAACUCUCGAAAAGACCACGACGAUCACAAAGCCGAUACUCCCGCCGGAGGGAAGAACGGCCAUGGCUCUACAAAGAUGCGCCGCGGUGCCAGCCAUCAGUCUCACGCUGCUCUGAACCGCGAGCUGCAUGCCGCUCCCACGUCGGCGCCCGUGCAGGUGCCGACCGAGCCUCUUCUACCCAGCGUACGUCAAAUUGCCUCGUCUCUUGUGCUUCCCUGGGCCUCCUUCGAGCGACGAUCCCUCCACGCCUACCUCCGCGAGCACGAGCUCACCACGCCGUCCUCCUACACCAGCUCCUUUCACAAUUGGGUGCUGUCACGACCCGGCGGCUUGGGCUUAUACUCCCCCACCAUGGUCCGCAAGCAGCAGAUCAAGCGACAAUCCAAAGACCAGCUCGCCCUAGCCGUGCGCAAGCACUUCAAUGGGCUGGGCGUCCAAGAAAACGAUGUCAUUGUCGACUUCAUCUACAAAGUCCGCAACCACCAGGGCGUCAAGGAACAGUCACCGACCAAAUACAGCAUCGAGGUGGCAGAUUAAACCGAUCCUUUAUACAUAUGAAGCGCUCUGGAGAGAAAGAGCGAGGCUCCAAGAUUUUGCUUAGCAUGGAUCGGUGUUUUUUUUG